AUGGAGGAGGAAUGCACAAUAGUGGGUGAGGUGGGCAAGAAAGGCUUUGGAAGCCCACCAUUAAAGAAACUAAAGCAGAGUCGUUUGCCUUUUGCACCCCUGGAUUCCAAGACCCCACAGAAGAAUUCAAGCCCCAACAAUCAGAAGAAACGAAAGCUGUCUGGAUCAGAACUCUCUCAAAACUCACCCAAGACUCCUCGUAGUGAAAACAACUCAAUGAGUGAAACCCCAGUGUCAGAUAGAAAGUUGCAAACACCUAAGUCAGUUGGAAGUGCCACCAAAGACAAGUCAAAGCAAGGGGUGACUCCCACUGAAUCGACUAAAAAGAGGGGAAGAGGAAGACCUCCAAAGACCGAAAAGGAAAAAGAAGAGAGCAAGAGAGCAAAGCAGGCAAGUUACCAGAUGACCUCUGAUGAUGAAGUUAGUUCAAGUGUCGAUGAUGACGUUGAUGUACCUGAAGCAAAGAAGAAACCGGUUGAGAAAACGAGGAAGUUGCUGUCUGCCUUCAUGAGCAAGGAGCCAACCCAGCAGGCAGAAGUCACUACCUCCACAGAUGAUGUGGACAAGGAAGAAAUGGAACAGGAAGACAAGGAGAACAAAGAUUGUACCAGUGAAGAGGAGAGUGGGAGAGGAGAGAUGGAGAUAUCCUCAAAGGAUGACAGUCCCGUUGAAGAGGCUUCCGAGGGUGGAGUUGAUGCAGCUAGCAAAGAGGAGGAAAAACCUGAGGAAAACACGAAAGUUGAAAGUGCAAAUGAGGAGGAGAAUAAAAAGAGCAGCAAGAAAAGUUCACCAUUAAUUGAUAUGCUCAAAGCAAAGAAAACUAGCAAUGAUGCAAAGAAUGAGAAGGCUGUUAAGGAAAAAGCUGUAGAAGAACAGGAAGGAAAAUCAGGGAAAGAGGAAAAGGUAGAGGAUAAAUUGGAAAAAGAGGAUAAGGUGCAGAAGAAACCAGCAGGAGCCAAGAAAGAAGUGGAUCCUCAAAGAGCGAUGGCACAGGUUCAGCCAACACCUCACCUGUUGCGACGUCUAAAUCCUCAGAUAAGCUUGAGGUACCCAUGUCUUCAGGGCAGAAGACUCCAGUCAGUAUACAAAAGGCAAAGAAGCUUACUCCAAAGCAAAUAG